CUAGCUCUCGAGCAGAUGAAGGAGGCGUUUUGGAGACGUCAUCACCGAGCGCCACGGGUCCGCGCCGAGUCGGGCUGUUCGGGCAAGAGGGAGGCUGCGAUGGCGGCGGCGAGAGUGAGGAGCACCGCGGGGAAGGAGCUGUGCACUCGGCGCCUCCGCCUCCCCUGCAGGGAAGAUCCGAGGCGAAGAUGGCAUUUGCAGUCCAUACACUCCUCUUACAGGCUGUGCAGCACCAGAGCAACCUUAGAAAACAUCAAUAAACCCGUUAUCGACCGCAUCAUCCGAGUGGAUCACGCCGGGGAGUAUGGAGCGAACCGUAUUUAUGCAGGGCAGAUAGCAGUGCUGGGCAGAACUUCUGUAGGACCCGUUAUUCAGCACAUGUGGGAUCAGGAAAAGGACCAUUUGAACAAAUUCAAUGAGUUAUUGGUCUCCUACAGAGUCCGGCCAACAAUCUUGUUGCCUUUUUGGAACGUUACGGGUUUUUUGCUAGGUGCUGGUACUGCCUUGCUUGGGAAAGAGGGUGCCAUGGCCUGCACGGUGGCUGUGGAAGAGAGCAUCGCAGCGCACUACAACAACCAGAUCAGGACUCUGAUGGAAGAAGACCCAGAGAAAUACAAAGGCUUAUUAGAGACUAUAAAGAAAUUCCGGGAUGAGGAACUAGAGCACCACGAUACUGGGCUUGACCAUGACGCAGAACUGGCUCCAGCAUAUUCGAUUUUGAAGAAUGUUAUACAGAUUGGAUGUAAAGCUGCAAUAUUUUUAUCAGAAAGAAUAUAGUGAAUCUUUCAUCAAUAAUGUAACAUAGAUUGUGAAUUAAGCUAUUACCGGUAUUGCCGUUGUCAAAACACAUAAAACUAACAAAUAUUAGACAGUGAUAAA